AUGGAAGAGCACGAGGAGCACUUAAGGCUAACUCUAAGCAGACUCAAAGAGCACCAAUUGUACGCCAAAUUCAAAAAGUGUGAGUUCUGGUUGGAGAAAGUGGCGUUUCUAGGCCAUAUAGUGUCCAAAGAUGGGGUAGAGGUGGACCCUGCGAAAAUUGAAGCAGUGAAGAGCUGGCCAAAACCAAAAACCGCAAGUGAGGUUCGGAGUUUCCUCGGACUAGCUGGAUAUUAUAGGAGAUUCGUUGAAGGGUUCUCAAAAAUAGCCACACCAUUGACGAAUCUGACUCGAAAGCAACAAAAAUUUGCAUGGACAGAUAAAUGUGAGGAAAGCUUUCAGACAUUGAAAGAUAAACUCAUAACAGCACCCGUCCUGUGUGUUCCAACUAACAAAGACAAAUUUGUAGUAUAUUGCGACGCAUCAAAGCAAGGGCUCGGUUGUGUGUUGAUGCAGAAUGAGAAGGUGGUAGCCUAUGCCUCAGUGCCUAAAGGAGUAUGA